UUUGUGUGCAUCUUAUUAGAUGGGUCGCUUCAGCUCGAGGUUUCUCCAAGAAGUGUCAUCGUUGGCCGAACCAGUUUGUUACACGUUAACUGCAGCUACGCGCCGGAAACAGGUCAAGGAAUGGACACUUUGGUAUCCUUAGUUGUGUCCGGCUUACGGGACCUCGUGACUGAGGCGGACAACUCGACCAGCUCAGUUAUAGCGUUAGACACCCACGUCCUGGAAGACAUCGCGUCCGUCACAGUGUUCUCUAGCCAAGAAGUCGCAGCGAUGCAUGAAUGGGUCGUACAAACGUCGGGCUUCAUCAAGCCGAGGGAAAAUUCUUAUCUCAGUUUUGUGAUAGAGAAUCCAAACAUCGCUACCCCAGACACGUACAAAUGCACCGCCCACGGCAUCAGAAAAAAUGGCCAGCCCAUGGUGAUGUCGAACAACGUGAAGGUCAUCUUCACCAGCGCAAGCGAAAAUGAACAGUCAAAGCGGAAACUAGAGAAUCUCGAGUUGGCCGUCGAGGAAGCCAAGGGGGAAAUUCUGGCGAUCAAUAGAAGGCAGUUGGAGCAGUACAGAAACUUCAGCGAUCACAUCACAGAUUUGUCAGCAUGGCAGCUCAGUCAGGAUUUCAAAAUCGGGGCUCUUGAGUCAGAACUUGAGGCGUAUCAAAAUAUCAGCAACCGGUUAGUGUCGGUCGUGUGGGAUCUCGAAAGACUGAGAGACGAGGACGAUUCUAAAUUUCAAAGUAAAUUCGCCACAUUGGAAGAGCAAAAUGAAAACGCUAACGAUCACAUCGCUGCACUCGAGGCUAAAGUGCAACAGUAUCAAAACACAAGCAAUGACGUCAUGUCGCAGUUAGCCCUAUUAGAGAAGCUGCAAGCGACGGUCGAUGAAAUGUCGAAGAAUAAAAACAGCACGCCGACGAUCGGGGACGAGUCAAACAAUACAAAUAAAACGAAUCCGAACCCGAAUGUGAUCUCCCCACAGUUUUUAACAGUCGCUGAAAUGAGAGCCGAGUUGAGUCGAAUGAAGUCUGCGAUCCUCGAAGAGUUCUACUUCGUGUCAUUGACAUACAACGAGACGUUCUAUUUCCUUCCCAGAAACAUAAGGGGGAGUACGAUAGAUGAGUCGGAAAUCAGGUGCAAGAAGUUCGGAGGAUACCUCGUGGAGAUGAAUGACAAGAGUGAAUACAAUUUCGUUGUCAGUUUUAUCAAAGACUUGCCCGGGUUUCAAACGGUCUACACGGGGGAGGAGUACAAGUCUACGCAGGUCGCUGGCCGCAUACGCAAGGAUCUGGUGUACCGCAGAAGUAAAGAACCCGUCAUGUUUACGGAUUGGUCAAGAGGAGAGCCGAACUACUUGACGAAUGAAAACUGUUUGACGCUUGAGAAGUCCAUGGCUUGGAAAAUGAAUGACAAUAUUUGCACUGCAUCAAGUCAAGGCACAUUUUUGUGUGAGGUUUCUUAUAACGAUUUUGACUUUUGA